AUGAGGAUUAAAGGCUGUUUUCUUUUUUUCCAGGCUGCUACACAGUGUAGCUCGGACGCUGUGAGUUUCAAGAAUUUGGUGAAAGGGAGAGAGUGGACAAUGAAAAUGGACAUGGAGGAUGCUGACAUGACUCUGUGGACAGAGGCUGAUUUUGAAGAGAAGUGCACAUAUAUUGUAAAUGAUCACCCGCUGGAUCCCAGUGCCGAUGGAGGCACCCUAACUCAGGCAGAGGCUUCCUUGCCAAGGAACUUGACUUUCAAAUACGCAUCUAACUGCAAAGAGGUCACUGGAGUUAUAAGCAAAGAGUACAUCCCAAAAGGAACACGCUUUGGACCCCUGGUAGGAGAGAUCUAUACCAGUGAUACGGUUCCCAAGAAUGCGAACAGAAAAUACUUUUGGCGGAUCUAUUCAAGUGGUGAACUUCAUCACUUCAUUGAUGGAUUUAAUGAGGACAAGAGCAACUGGAUGCGUUAUGUAAACCCUGGCUACUCUGUUCAGGAGCAGAACUUGGCUGCUUGUCAGAAUGGAAUGAACAUCUACUUCUAUACCAUCAAGCCCAUCCCUGCCAACCAAGAGCUGCUUGUGUGGUAUUGCCGAGACUUUGCAGAGAGGCUGCACUAUCCCCCCUCCAGAGAGCUGACAAUGAUGAACCUCACACAAACCCACAUUAAUCCAAAGCAGCACAGCACUGAUAAAGAUGAGCUUUAUCAGAAAAGCGUCCCAAAGAAGGAGCACAGCGUGAAAGAAAUCCUGAAAAUGGAAUCCAAUCCUCCUAAAGGAAAAGACUUCUUUCAGACCAACAUUUCACCAGUUACUCCAGAAAAAGACUUGGAUGAUUUACGUAAGAACUAUAGCCCAGAGAGGUGUUUCUUCCCUCGAGUUGUCUACCCGAUCCGACCUCACAUUCCAGAAGACUAUUUGAAAGCUUCCUUAGCAUACGGCAUGGACAGACCCAGCUACAUUACUCACUCGCCCAUCCAGGCAUCUACUACACCAAGUCCUUCUGGGAGGAGUAGUCCAGACCAAAGUUUAAAAAGUUCAAGUCCUCACAGUAGUCCAGGGGUCACAGUUUCACCUCUGGCACCUACUUCCCAAGAGCACAGAGAGCCAUACUCUUACUUGAACGGAUCAUAUGGCUCAGAAGGAUUGGGGUCUUAUCCUGGAUAUGCACCCCCUGGCCACCUUUCACCUGCCUUUCUACCGUCCUAUAACCCCCAUUACCCCAAAUUCCUGUUACCUCCAUUCAAUAUGAGCUGUAAUAACCUGAGCGCUUUGAACAAUAUCAAUGGCAUCAACAAUUUCAAUCUCUUCCCAAGGAUGUACCCUCUUUAUGGCAACCUGCUCAGCGGAGGUAGCCUUUCCCACCACAUGCUCAACCCCACCACGCUCCCCAGCUCAUUGCCCAGUGAAGGAGGCCGUCGACUGCUGCAGCCUGAUCAUCCGAGAGACUUCCUCAUACCAGCACCCAACAGUGCCUUCUCUAUCACGGGCGCUGCUGCCAGCAUGAAGGACAAGCCAUGCAGCCCUACCAGUGGGUCCCCCACCGCUGGUACAGCAGCCAGUUCGGAACACAUAAUGCAACCUAAACCUACCUCAGUGGUGUUGGCUGCCACCGGCGGUGAAGAAGCCAUGAAUCUCAUUAAAAGUAAGAGGAAUGUGACCGGUUACAAAACACUCCCAUACCCACUGAAAAAGCAGAAUGGGAAGAUCAAGUACGAAUGCAAUGUUUGCUCCAAGACCUUUGGCCAGCUGUCCAAUCUGAAGGUGCACCUCCGAGUACACAGCGGAGAGAGACCAUUUAAAUGCCAGACUUGCAAUAAGGGCUUCACGCAGCUGGCUCACCUCCAGAAGCACUAUCUGGUACACACGGGAGAAAAACCCCAUGAGUGUCAGGUUUGUCACAAGCGGUUCAGCAGCACCAGCAAUCUCAAAACCCACCUGCGGCUCCACUCUGGAGAGAAGCCUUACCAGUGCAAGCUCUGCCCAGCCAAAUUCACCCAGUUUGUGCACCUGAAGCUGCACAAGCGUCUCCACACCCGGGAACGCCCCCAUAAAUGUGUCCACUGCCACAAGAGCUACAUUCACCUCUGCAGCCUCCAGGUCCACCUGAAGGGCAACUGCCCCGUCGCCCCAGCUUCCGGCCUCUCCAUGGAGGACCUGAACAGAAUCAAUGAGGAGAUUGAGAAGUUCGACAUCAGUGACAAUGCUGACAAGCUGGAAGAAGUGGAGGACAAUAUCGACUUAACAUCGAUCGUGGAGAAGGAUAUACUGACCAUGCUCAGGAGGGAAAUGGAGGGAGCUAAUCUGAAAGUCUCUCUACAGAGGAACCUGGGAAAUGGGCUUAUCUCCUCAGGAUGCAACCUUUACGAGUCGUCAGAUAUGUCAGUUAUGAAGUUGCCUCACGGUCACCCACUACCUCUGUUACCUGUAAAGGUCAAGCAAGAAACAAUUGAACCAAUGGACCCUUAAGACUUUUUGGCAAAGUGAUUUUUUUUUUAUUUAUGACUUGGCAAGUCAGGGUGCCUGUAGCAGUUGCUUGUACAUAGUUUCAAUGCUGCAAAGCAAUCUUGGCUUACAGUAGUUUCCCUACGCUCUCCAGCUGAAAGAAGGAACUCCAAAGUUACUGUUUUCUCAGGGCAUAAAAAGGGGCAAAGGACUGUGUAUUGCCUCGCCAGUUACUAAGAGACAAUCAUCUAUCCAUAAUUAUUUUUUCAAUGAUAGUACUUCAUAAUUUAUUAUGCAAUUAAUCAUACUAAAAGCAAUAAUUAGGAAAAUGUUUACAAUGACUGGAAAAAUUCAUUGUAAUUUUUACUUUAAAUGUUUUUAUUUUUUGUUUUAUGGCCAUUCUUUGUAGAUUUUUUUUUCUGCACAUCUGUUUUAAGAACCUAAGAUUAGGGUUUCAGUAAAUGUGUUUUAUGUACCAAUGUCUUUUAAACAAAUGUGGUUUUUCGUAUUGCCAAAGUUGGACAUGUGACAUACAGAAUCCUAGAUCUGUUGGUUUGACAAAAAAUGCUGUGUACUUUCAUGAGCAAAUCACCCCACUGGGAAUUGAAAAGGAAAAAAAAACAAAAAACAAAACAAAAACAAACCAACAACCCAGAGUAGCAGCAAGCAGGGAAGAAACUUUUUCUCCUGCCUCUCUGAGGAGAGGAGAAAGAUUCUUCUACCUGCAGCUCUCCGUGGAACAGAUGUGGCACAGCACACACCAACCUGCCAUGGACAAUACCACAUGUUUUUAGAACACAGCUCCAGCCCCACACAUUGUCAUGUAACUUUAAGACCAAAGGAAUACAUGAGCUUAAAGUGGCUUCUCCAAAAUAAAAUCUCACUUACAGUCUUCUGUUUCCACAAGUAGUUUAAAAGCAAAGACACAAAUAAUAUUCUGCCUAAAAGGGGGGGUUUGGGCAGAUUUCUUUCUUCUGAUUUUUGUUUUAUUUUGGGGUUUUUUGGCCAGAGCCUUCCAGGGAUAAAAAAAAAGAAAGAUGGUCAGAUUCCCUGAGAAAGAAGGGGUUCAGUUUUACUUGUAUUUUUCUCUCCCACUUUGCCUGGGUAGAAGUGGGGAACAAAGUCCUUUCCUGGCACAUAAAUUUUUUUCGUCCUUCCUGUACGACUCAGAUUUUUCUCAGUAUUUGUGUUUGUACAUUUUGUGGUUAAUUUAAUUAAAGAAGAAAAGGGCAUUGCAAAGUUGUUGAACAACAAUUACCUCAGUGCUUGUGUCCAGUGGUGCAGACAAUGCUGUUUUACUUAAAUGCUUUGCUACUUUAGAGAAGAAACCAAAAUGUGCACAGGGAAAGAUAGAAUGCACAUCCUUUUAUCUUUUUGUUUUGCUAAGCCCAAAGAUGAUAUGGUGACGUUUGAGGUGUAGCAAAGAAUACAUGUAUAUUUAUAGAUAUAUUUAUACCACUAUACAAUAUAUGUAUAUGUAUAUAUAUUUAUACCACUUAAGUUGUGAGCCAAACCAUGUAAUAAAACCUAUUUUUCAUCUAA